AUGGAAUCACUGAGCGACACCCUUUGGGAUGUCGUUAUCAGCGGCACCGGGCUGCAGCAGUCAUUGCUUGCGCUAGCUCUUUCGCGGUCCGGGAAGAAAAUCCUGCACAUAGAUCCCAACGAGUUCUAUGGCGGCCCCGAGGCAGCAUUCAGUCUUCAGGAUGUCGAGUCGUGGAUAGGCCGAGUUUCCGCAGGCACCGCUGGCCUCUUCAAGUCUGCGUCCGUCACGCAACCUGAGAAUGCCACUGGCUUGUCCUCGUCUCGAGCAUACUCGCUAGCCCUUGCACCACAACUUAUCCACGCACGCUCGGAACUGCUUUCGCAGCUAGUCUCCUCCCGUGCUUACCGCCAGGUCGAGUUCCUUGCCGUGGGGUCCUUCUACAUCUUCAAACCUACCCAGGAUGCGUCCCAGCAACCGAGUUUAACACGCAUCCCAUCUACCCGCGAGGAAGUCUUCUCGACCACCGCAGUCUCGGCGAAGGGAAAGCGUCUUUUGAUGAAGUUCCUCAAGUUCGUCCUUGACUACGAAAGCCCGCCGCAGCUAGAAACAUGGCAGCCGUAUGCCGACGCGCCACUGGUUGAUCUCUUGCAAAAAGGGUUCAAGAUGGAUGCAGAUUUGCAGACGUACAUCGUCACCCUCACCCUGUCGCUGGAUGGGGGAAUUAGUACCAAAGACGGGUUGGCUGUCAUCCGUCGCCAUCUCUCGUCGAUGGGCGUCUAUGGUCCCGGCUUCGCCGCCAUCUACCCCAAGUGGGGUGGUCUCUCGGAGGUUGCGCAGGUUGCAUGUCGUGCCGGCGCCGUCGGUGGCGCCGUGUACAUGCUCGGAACCGGCAUUGAGAAGAUGGAAUCCGUUGAGGACCAAGUCAAGCUUCAGCUCACGAGCGGCGACACGGUGAAGACUCGGAGUCUGGUGCGCGCUGACGAAAACCCGAGCGAUCAAACGAGUAUCAGCAGGUUGGUAGCCGUGGUAGGCUCGCGGCUGAAUUCGUUAUUCGAAGCCACUUUGGAAGGGGCACCACGGCCUGCCGUCGCAGUCGUCGCUUUCCCAGCGGGUUCUUUGUCAACCGCGGCUGGGAAGGCAUCCGAAUACCCGGUCUAUCUGUCUGCUCACUCCAGCGAGACCGGGGAAUGCCCUGUUGGUCAGAGCGCACUCUACUUUACGACCCUCACCACGCCAGAUGCAAAGGAAGUUUUGCAGCGGGCACUGGAUGCUUUUCUUGGUGUCACGAACGGCGACCAGCCUUCUCAGGCCUUGUACCAACUCCAAUAUGAACAGCUGGCCGGCGCGGACACCUUCAAAGCGGAAGGCUCGGUCUUUACGCUCCCCGCGCCCUCUCCCUCUCUCUCGUUCGACGACUCAGUAUUGGAGCCAGUACGUGAGGGAUGGGAAAAGGUUAUGGGCGAGGCUGCUGUCGAGGCCGAGUACAUGGUGUUUGAAGACCGGGAGGGUGCCAUGGACGAUGAUGAUGUUUACGAGUAA